GAUAGUAGAUGCCUGAUAGUAGAAUUAUGGUGCGAGCUGCAAAGAGUCGAAUACUCGAUGCAUCAUUCGUGACGGCCACUCUGACAUUCACGUUGCUGCUGUUCGUCGAUCAAGUAAGAACGCUAUGCAAUGGAGAGCAUGUCUGUUCUCCUCCACAGGAAUGCUGUCCUCAUGGCUGUUGUUACAGUGCAUACUUUACGCCACCAGUGCAUCCAGUUCAUGUUUCAGAAAUGUUCAAUUUCAUGAUUUGGACUUAUUGGUACCUGUGGGUAGUGAUACUUGUAGCCUUAGCUGUAGCCGUAACAUACGGCUUUUGGCUAUGGAAACGUUACCGUUCGGCAUUGUCAGAAGAUGGCACGUCUUCGGAAAGAACGUCCACAGGACCGUGGUAUCCGCCUCCUCAUUAUAGCCGAUGUAGUUCCUUUGUUCAGGCACUACCACCACCAUACAAUGAGGUAACUGCAAAACCAGACCUUUAUCCCUUAGUAAUUGGCUACGAUGAUAGUUCGGGCAAAGGUACUUCUGGUUUUGUAAUGCGCUACUUCAGAUCGUUGUCGCAUGCAAGCACAUUGGAUUCGUUGAGCUCCAGUUUUAUGUGUAAUAUGGUAAAUGAAGCGAAUACUAUUAUUCCGCCACCGUAUUCUUGUAACAACAGCAUCGAUGAAUUAUCAGCAGUAGAGUGUGAAAGAAGAGAAACUGGCGACAUUGGUUCUAUUGUCUCCUUGACGAAUCACAGAACGACCUCUGACAUAUCAAGUCUUGGUGCUCAAUCACCUUGUUCUCCACCGAGGGCUACCAGUCCAACGAUAGAAUUGCGGGAAUUAUUGGAUAAGAUACAACAACUUCCUCAUUUAUCUAAUGGGCAUUCCACCACCAUGCAUUGCCAACAGAAUCAAGCCCCGGUCUUGUAUAUAACAAGUAGCGAUGGUAUUACGCAACAACGGCCUUUAAGUCCCAGCGACGUUGGUUCGUACAAAGUUAGAAGAACCAGGGGCAAGCUGUACAUGCCAUUGGGAUUGCCGAAUUCGCGAAGCAAAACGAAGCGAUGGUUAUCGCGCUCCGCACCAACAACACCUUCAGGUACAAUACCAAUGUCCUUCUUGCCAGGACAAAGCAGGAGGCCUUCAGAAACCGAAAACAACAAUCAACAAGCGGUGCCACUGCUUUACGAGCAAGACGAAAAUGAAACCAACAAUGCAGAUCAUCCAUCGGAUGUUCCAUUGCUCGCUGAAUAAGAAGAAGAACGACAAUCGAUAUGACACGGUGUCUAAACCGUUCGUGCCAUUUCGACAUCGCAAUGACUUUGCGUAAGGAUUAUCGAUUCUCUACACAUGUAUACACUCACAUAUACAUACACACAUAUACACAUAC